AGCUAGCACCGCGCGCCGGUCAUUAGCCCGUCCGUCAUCGCCUACUUCCCGUCCAUGAUCCCUCCAAUCAGCAGCUUGUUUACUAGUAGUAGUAGCUUAAUCAGGCACGCUUAAGCUAGCUAAUCACCGGUUGCUUCCGUCCAUCUCAUCUGCCUACUCCACCGAUUAGCUAAAGCAAAUGGUCUUUCCUAAUUUUCUUUCGAGAGAGGGUAUAAGAGUGGUCGCGGUCGUCGUCUUCCUCCCUCCUUCCAUUCUCUCUCUCUAGCUUGCUACUAGUCUACUACUACCAGCAGCAGCGCUAUCCUGUUCGUCUUCUCGCUCUCGUCCCCGCGCCUCCCGUUGAUUGAUUCGGCGUGCGGCCGGUGGCGAUGGCGAUCGGGGGUGGGUUGCCUGCAGCGAGCUGGGUUCAUGAGUGCUCGGCCAGUCAACGAGGUGUAGGUGCCUGUAGGCUAGCUGUGCUAUAGUGGUCGACCGAUCUGCUGCUUCUUGGCCUCUAGGGGGAGAAAGAAAAGAGGAACAGCCGAGGUGUACGAGCUAGCUCGCACGGACAGGCUAUGACACACUCUUAAAUUGAUUCGUGUCAUUAGGAGUAUGUAAUGUUUCAGGACAAGCAAGCCAUGGAAGGCGGCGCAACAGUUAGUUUCCAGUGACGAGCGCCAUGGAUCCCCAGACAUUUGUGAGGCUCUCAGUCGGGCAGCUUGGCCUGAGGCUCCCUGGUGCAAGCUCCAGGAAGGCUUGCCACUGCGAGAUCAGGCUCCGAGGUUUCCCGGUUCAGACAGCUCCGGUGCCUCUGAUAAAUUCUUCAGAGUUCAACCUCGACCCGCACACUAACGUCGCCGUCUUCUCACUGGACGAGCCCGGUCUCAAGGCCCUGUCGACGCCGGGCUGCUUCCGAGCCCCGGAGCCGCCGUACGUCGAGAUCGCCGUGUAUGUGGGCAGGCGCGGCGGCGGUGGGUAUUUCGCUGGGAUGAGGCGGCGGCUGAUCGGGUCGGUCAGGGUGGAGAUCGGGCCGGAGUGGCGCGACGGGAAGCCCCUGCUGCUUCACCACGGCUGGACGGGCGUCGGCAAGGGGGAGCUGCACGUGAAGGUGAAGGCGGAGGCCGACCCCCGGUACGUGUUCCAGUUCGAGGACGAGGUGGCGCUGAACCCGCAGGUGGUGCAGCUCCAUGGCAGAGCCCGGCAGCCCAUCUUCAGCUGCAAGUUCAACCGCGACGUCCGGCGGGCGUCGCAGCCGGAUCAUUUGGGCGGGCAGUACUGGUCGACCUCCGGCAGCGGCGAGGAGAAGGAGAUGGCGCCGGGGAGGAGGAGGGAGAGGAAGGGCUGGAAGGUGGCGAUCCACAACCUGUCCGGCUCCGCCGUGGCCGCGGCAUUCAUGGCCACGCCGUUCGUGCCGGCGACUGGCAGCGACACGGUGGCGCGGUCCAACCCCGGGGCGUGGCUCAUCGUGCGCGCGAACACGACGGGCUCGUCGGAGAUCUGGCAGCCGUGGGGCCGGCUGGAGGCGUGGCGGGAGUGCGCGCAUGGCGGCAAGGAGAAGGACGCCGUGUGCCUGCGGCUGCACCUCCUCCCGGAGCGGCGGGACGCGUGCGUGCUCGUGUCGGAGACGCCCCUGAGCUGCGACAAGGGCGGGGAGUUCUUCAUCGACAUGGAUAGGCAGUCGGUGCCCUCGGAUGAUGCUGCCACGGCGGAGACGUCGUACUGCGCGGCGAGCAUGGGGGAGUCGUGCGCGGGCGGCGGGUUCGUGAUGAGCUGCAGGGUGCAAGGCGAGGCGGCGAGCAUUAGCAGCCCGCCGCUGGUGCAGCUGGCCGCGCGGCACGUGACGUGCAUGGAGGACGCCGCCAUGUUCCUCGCGCUCGCGGCCGCCGUCGACCUGAGCGUCAAGGCGUGCCGGCCGUUCCGGAGCAAGCUGGCGGCGGCGGCCAAGAAGAAGAAGAAGCAGCCUGCUGGCUCGUCGUCCCCUGAUGAUCCCCUCGAGCUCGACACGUAGCUAGAGCUCGCAGUUCAGGAACCAUGGCCACUCUGUAAAUCCGCUCUGUAAAUCAGAAAGAAGUUCAGAACCCCAUGAAUUUGUGAAUCUGCAGACAGGACGACGAUUCAGUAA